AUGAAGCAAGGGGAUGGUCGCCGGCUCCUGGCCCAAGCGAUUGGAUAUAUUGAACGGGGAAUGGGUCAGCAAGGGGGCGGGGAACUGCCCGAACAUCAAGUGUGCGUCCGUCCCAGCGGUCGAAGAUACAAGCGGACCACAGCUGCGCCACAGGGCCCAGCAUGGGGCACUUCGUCUUCGGACGCUAAGACGGAUCGGCAGUCUUGA